AUGGGACAAAGAAAUGAAGGGGAGAACAUCAUUGAGAAUAUUUAUGAAUCAUCUUUGAAGAAAGUAGAAGACAGAAUAGAGAAAGGAAAAUUAAUAUUAAGAGUAGAAAAGGAAAAUGAAAUAAAUUUUAAAGAUAUGGAAGGAUAUAUAAAAAAUCAUAUGAAUGAAAUGACAAAACUUGUAAAGGAUGCAAAACUUAUAAAAUCUUCAACUAGUUACAAUUUGAAAAAUUUUUAUAAUUCAUUUGUUAAAUGUGAGGAGUUAUUAGACCAACUAUCAACAAAUAAUAUAAACACAAGAAUUGAUGAUAUUUUUAGUAAUAUAAUUAUAGAAAUAAAUAAUAAAUGUAAGCCAGUUGUAUUAUAA